AUGGUUAGUUCAGCACCAUCCAAACCAAGAAUUUCAAGUCCAAACGAUAAUAAAACAAAACAAAUAAUUUAUCCAUUUUGGUUGGGAGGUGCAGCUUCAUGUGUAGCAUGUACUGUCAGUCAUCCAUUAGAUCUUACCAAAGUACGUCUUCAAACAACCAUAGGUGCUAACAAAGCAUCAUCACUUACAACAAUGGUUCAUAUUGUAAAAACGGAAGGUUGGAGGGGAUUGUAUAGUGGACUGUCUGCAAGUUUGUUGAGACAAGCAACAUACUCUACAAUGAGAUUUGGUACUUAUGAUAAAUUGAAAUUAUUUUUAUCAAAGGACGGUGAACCUCUUUCCCUUAUAAAGAAAAUAACUUGUGCAUCUAUAUCAGGAUGUAUAGGUGGAGCUUUUGGUAAUCCUGCAGAUAUUGUGAUGGUUCGUAUGCAGAAUGAUGCUAAACUACCACCAAGUGAAAUGCGUCAUUACAAACAUGCGUUAGAUGGUUUGAUACGUAUUAUAAAAGAGGAGGGAUUUUCAGGUCUUACCAGAGGUAUUGGACCAAAUACGAAUCGUGCCAUAUUGAUGAAUUCAUCUCAAUUGGGGUUGGUUGCUACAACUAUUUGUUCACCAGUAGAUGUUAUUAAAACGCGUGUGAUGAAUUCAGCAUCAAAAUCUAAGAAUCUUGUUAGUAUCUUAGGAGUAAUCAUUCGUGAAGAAGGACCUUUUGCGUUAUUUAAAGGCUGGGUGCCGUCAUUUGUACGUCUAGGACCUCAUACUGUUGUAACAUUUAUGGUUCUAGAACAAUUCAGGACAUUAUACAACAAACAAUUGGCAUUAAGAAUGAAACCUGUGACGGCUUAA